GAUAUGAUGAAGUAUUUGCUCUCACGUCCUCUAAUAAACAAAGACAAGGCCAGUCUGUCAACACAAUAUGCCAUUUUUAAAGCCCAUUUCUCCUUCUCUCUCACCUCCUUUUCUUUCUUAAUUCUCUUCUUCUGCUAAUCUACCACCUAACCCUUCUCCAUCACCAUCGCCAACUUCUACGUCGGAUCUCCAACUUUCAUCAAAUGGAUACUAAACUCACCAACAUCAAUGAACAAGAAGACUCUGAUGGACCUCAAGAAAGCAUUGCCCACUCCCCUCCUUCUUCUUCUCUCUUCAACAUCGAUGGCGUUCUCACCUCCCCCACUUCCUCAUCAAAGAGAAGGAGGGCAAUACAGAAAAGGGUGGUGCAAAUCCCGAUCAAGGAGACAGAAGGGUGUAGGCUAAAAGGAGAGAGCAACACCCCGCCGUCGGAUUCAUGGGCAUGGAGAAAGUACGGGCAGAAACCGAUCAAGGGUUCGCCUUAUCCAAGGGGGUACUACAGGUGUAGCAGCUCCAAGGGCUGCCCGGCACGGAAACAAGUGGAAAGGAGCUGCGUGGACCCCACAAUGUUGGUCGUCACUUACUCUUCCGACCACAACCAUCCCUGGCCAGCUUCAAGAAACAACACCAGGCCCACAAAGAAGCCCGAGCCCGAACCCGUAACGGACCGGGUCGAUCCGGAGCCGGAGCCGGAACCCGAGGAGAAGUUUUCAGAACUGGGCGGGGACGAAUCCAUGAUCAGCACCGCGGAUGAGAUGGGGUGGCUGGGGGAGAUGGAAACGACGACGUCCACUGUACUCGAAAGCCCGAUUAUUUCCGCAGGGUACCACGCUGACGUGGAGUCGGCGUUGCUGCCGAUGAGGGAAGAGGACGAGCUGCUCUUUGCCGACCUCGGGGAGCUGCCGGAGUGCUCGGUCAUGUUCCGGCAGGGGCUUCUGGCGGAGCGGCGGCGGUACACAGCGCCUUGGUGCGGGACCACAAGUUGAGGGCAGAAAAGUCAAAAGGAGAAAAGAUAAAGAAAACAAUAGGUGCCCGUUUGACACGUUGUUGGUGCGGCGGGCACGAGAAAAAGAUACCAGCAUUUUUUUUACUUGUAUUUUUGAGAUAUUUUUAUUUAAAUUAUUUUUUGUUAUUAGAAGAUAGUUUGUUGAGUAGAAAAGGAAAAGAAGAGAUGAGUAGAGUGGGGAGAAACAGAAUAAGAGGAAGUUUGGGGCAGUUAAUGAGGGAUGAGAUGAGACAACGAUGUGUGUGCGUGUCGGGAAGUGGUUGUAAUUACCGUAACUUUGGCCGUCCGUUUCAAACAUCUCGCACAAUGUUUGAAAAUAUAUAUAUAAAAUACUAUAUUACUCACUGGA